AUGUAUAAUGAUAAAGCACAAGAGUCGGAUGCAGCAUGGCGACAGCGGCAGCCAGAGCCGCACGGCGCGCCCCCGCCUACCUACGACGAUAUCUACAGAUCUCCGUCAUAUGCGCCCCCGCAGAAUGAUGCAUACGGCCGACCUGGCCCGCAAGACAAUAUGUAUGGCGAACGCGGUCCACAAAGCGAUGUGUAUUCUCAACGCGGCUCGCCAGAAGAUUCUCCUCUAAUUUAUGUCCAGCGAUCGUCGUACGCCAACACGAACCCCUACGCCGGCCAAGAUAGCCGUGCUGCCCAGCCAGCUCCUUAUGGUGAUCACAAAGUCUACAAUGAUCCUUAUGCACGUCGAGAUUCACCGUACGAGCCGCCCAAACAGUCGUAUUCAGAACAUGCGUAUGGUCAAUAUCCGGGUCCGUCGCCAAACUCGCGUCCAGAGUACCCAGCACAGUAUCCAUCGGGAUCGCAUCCAGGCCAGUAUCCUCCAGGCCAGUAUGACAGAGACUCGUACCCGAGCGCUUCCUCUUCGCGCGGAAGCCCAUAUGGCACCCCAGGGAUCGCUGAUCGUUCUCCAUCGCCUUACGCAUCUUCCCCAGGUCAGCCAGGCCCGUCGGGGGCGGGCGCAGCCCCAGCAGCCCCGAGCGGUGUGCUGGGCGUGCUGAAGCAUAUGGCGCCGGGCGAGAGCAUCACCAAACUUCUCAACCCUCCGCCACCGCCGUUCCUUCGCCACCCCCCGCCGAACCUGCCCUACUCGCCGUUCGAGCCUUCCACAUUGAUGGGCACUCACAAGGAUCUGAACAAAGCCUUCCCGCUCGUCGCCCCGCCAUCGAGGACUGUUCCGCACCCAUUUGCGACGCAUGAUAUCACCGAACAGGACUGGACACGCUUCCUGCAUGAUGUCCACGCCGCCGCCGGUAUUACGCCCAUGAACAGCCUCGUAGCGAACGUCGCACCGGCGGCGAUGAGUUUAUCGUUGCCCAUGGGUUUCUUGGUAACAAGAGGAAUUGAGAAGAGAAUGAGUCGCAAGAAGACUGGGCCAACCGGCGAACUGAUCGAUGCUUGGAACCACUAUUUCUUCGGCCCGCGUCGCAUGCAUAUCACGCUUGCGCAAGGAAACAUGACCUUUACAGGACAGGAUGCGGGGACGCAGAACUCGGAUCCGGAUUCGGACUCGGACUCGGACUCUGAUUCCGAAGACGACCAUCAUGGCGCUUCCAAUAGCGCUUCCAAUAAUGGCAGUGCCCGGUCAUCCCGGAGGGCGGAUCGGAGGGAAAGGCGUGCCAAUCGUAGAGCCGCGAAGAGAGAGCGAAAGGAACAGAAGAGGGAGAGGAAAAGUGUCUCCAAGGAGAACUGGCGAUUAAUUGUGUCCUACAAGUAG